AUGAAGAUUAUCGAUGAUGAACAUGUCCUUCGGGAAGGAUUCCACCAUUUCGAAGAAGCCGACAUCAGUGGAUACGAUGUAAUUCUGGGUAUGCCAUGGUUGCAAGCUGCGAACCCCGACAUUGACUGGGUGCGAAGAUGCUGGACCUAUAGGAAAGCGUCAAAUAUUAGCCACGUGCACCUAGAUACCGCUAAGGAAUUUGCAACUUUAAUGGACAACAGCAACAUUAUAUUCGCCGCCUUUCCAUUGCGAGCUGCGCACGCAGCGACUGAGCCAAAUAUCCCGGAUGAUUAUAAGGAUUAUCUUGAUGUAUUCCGAGAAGAUAUACCUGACGCGGAACACGCACCCCACGAUCAUGCCAUAGAUCUCAAACCUGGCAAGGAACCACCGUACCGACCGAUAUAUAACCUGUCACCUCAAGAACUCUCUGUCCUCCGAGAAUAUAUCGAAAAGGCAUUAGAGAAGAAUUGGAUACGCCCGUCCAAGAGCCCAGCCGGUGCGCCAGUAUUAUUCGCACCGAAGAAAGACGGAACCCUGCGUCUUUGCGUAGAUUAUCGAGGGUUGAACGAAAUAACAGUCAAGAAUCGGUAUCCGCUGCCCCUGAUAAGUGAAAUACUCGAUAGAAUUCGCAUACGAGCGGGGGAUGAGUGGAAAACGGCAUUUCGAACACGAUACGGACACUUUGAGUAUCUGGUUUUACCCUUUGGGCUAACCAACGCCCCUGCGACUUUCCAAUCUUAUAUCAACAAAGCCCUCAGUGAUAUUUUGGACGUAUAUUGCGUAGCUUAUCUUGACGAUAUCGUAAUCUAUUCGAAUACGCUUGACGAACACGUCGCCCAUGUUAAGAAUGUGCUGGAACAAAUUGGAUUUCUGGGUUUUGUGAUUACCACGCAGGGCAUCACUGUCGAAAAACGCCGCGUCGAUACGAUCCUAGAUUGGCCUGAACCGCGAACAAUAAACGAGCUGCAAACAUUCCUAGGAUUCGCCAACUUCUACCGACGAUUCAUAUACAAGUUCUCGAUAAUAACGGCACCCCUGACUGAGUUGCUAAAAGGAUACGAAACAAAAAAGGGGAAGAACAACGCACCUGUCCAACUGAACGAGAACUGCAAGCACGCAAUACUGCAGUUAAAAGAAUGCUUUACAGAAGCACCGUUGUUAGUUCAUUUUGAUCCGCAGCGAAAACUCCGUAUAGAAACGGACGGAUCUGGCGUUGCAAUCGCCGCAGUAAUAUCGCAAUUAAUGGAUGAUGGUCACUGGCACCCGAUCGCGUUUUGGUCCAGAAAACUCACAGAAGCAGAAAGACGUUAUCAAACAUAUGAUUUAGAAAUGUUGCCGAUUGUAGAAGCUUUCAGGCAAUGGCGCCACUACCUACAUGGUAGCAGGCACCCAAUAGUUGUUUUAUCUGACCAUGCCAACCUCCGGCGCUUCAUGACGACGAAGCAGCUAAAUGGGCGUCAGAUUCGUUGGAUGCAAAUGCUCUCAGCGUUCGAUUUUGAAAUUGAGCACCAUCCUGGGGAAAAUAAUCCCGCAGAUGCACCAAGUCGUCACUCAGAUUAUAUAAAACACGCAGCUCCCUUGACGGGGCUCCCUACCCUGCAAGAGAAGCUGCAUGAGAACGAAGUCGCCGGCGUUACGGGGUUAGACCUAGGGACCCUGGUGCCACGGAUUCUAGCCGUUAAGGUAUUUGAGUCCGAGAUAGCCUAUCGCGAAGAGGUAGCUGAAUCUAUUGUCGAACUCUUGCUGCAGGUUCAGAAUAGGGACGCUGGCACGUCUGAACUUCGCAGAAGACUAGAGGUGGGUGACGCUAGCGUAGGUGAUCGUUCGACCUGGGCAGUAGACAAAGAUGGCCUGCUCAGGAAAGAUGGUAAAGUCUACGUACCGCAAGACAAGGCCGUAAGGCAUGAAAUAAUGAAAAUGAACCACGAUGAUCCCCAAGGUGGCCAUUUUGGACGUGACAAAACCAUCGAAGCGAUCAAACGCAAGUACUCGUGGCAUGGUAUGAGCGAUGAGAUUGCAGAAUAUGUGAGGACCUGCGAUGUUUGCCAACGCGUCAAGAUACCGCGGCAUAAGCCGUACGGGUUGCUACAACCACAUCCAGUGCCAGAUAAGAAAUGGCAUACAAUCAGUAUGGACUUUAUUGAAGGCCUACCAGAUAAUAAGAAGGGAAGUCAAACUUACAAUGCUAUUGUCGUAUUUGUUGAUUUGUUCACUAAAUGGGCCAUAAUUGUACCCACAUCUUCAAAGCUAGAUGCGGAAAGACUCGCGGACAUUAUUGUAUGGAAGCUUGCGAAAAACUUUGGCCUACCUGCGAACAUUAUUAGCGACCGAGAUUCAUUAAUAAACAGCAAAUUCUGGUCAACAUUAUGUUACUUACUCCAUGUCCGACGAAAAUUAUCAACAGCCUUCCAUCCGCAAACCGACGGCCAAACGGAACGAUUGAACCAGGUGAUUGAACAUUAUCUUCGCACAUAUUGCAGCUACCAGCAGGAUAACUGGAUAGAGUGGAUUCCCCUGGCGCAAUGGGCAUAUAAUAACGCCUUCCACGCAUCGAUAAAAAUGACACCAUCUGAAGCGAUGAUCGGCCGACCAACUGAACUUCGUAUAGACGUGGAACCCCCAAGCACGGGCGCGUCAAAGUCGGCGAUAGAACAAGUGGAACGGAUGAAGCAAGCGGAAAACAGGAUUCGAGAAUGCCUAGAAGCUGCCAAAGCAGCUGAGAAAAAAUAG